UCCUUCCUGCAGAUUCUGCCAAAGCUAGUUUCUAUCAGUAACUCACUAACCGUGGAGACAUUUUUUUUUCCUUUCUUUUUUAACAGAAAUUCGUGGACCUCAGGUUUUGGGCUGCGUACAAUUUAUUCAACCAUACAAAAUGCAAAUUUCACAAUUUUCUGGAGACUUUUUCGGCACCGAGAGUGCUCGAGCAUUGGACUGAGUUGGACAAUUCAAGUCGUCCGCUUCGACCGAACCUAACACUCCGAACGUGAUUGACACACAAAGACAACAGUAAUACGUCCACCACCAACAUCUCCUCCUACUUCCGUUUCAUAGUUUCCCAACUGAAGCUGUGAAACUCGGAAGGACAACUCUGAAACGUCUUUCCUUCUAUACCUCUGCCCCUCUGCUUGCCCUUUUAGAUAAUCUGAUUAUAAUCAAUUGAAGAGAGAGAGAGAGAAUCAUAUGGAGUCGUUAUCGUCGGUGGCACCUUCAAUCGUGCUCCCUCGGAAUAAUUAUUUCCGACGGCACAGCCGAAGGCGAAUCGUCGUCUCCUCCACUUCUCCCCAAAAUUGCAGCCGUCUUCCAUCUCUCUGUUCAUUCUUGAGCCUUCCGUUAGUUCCGGAUCCCUCCAGGAGGAGGCCCAGGGAAACCACUUGCCGCUCGGGCCGUAGCGUUGGGGGAGCAGCAGAGGCUGGAGAUGGUGAGGAAGAAGAUCUUGAGAGGGCCCUUCACCUGGACGGUACAAUCCCGGGAACUUCCGAUGAGUUCGUGAAGCAGGUUUCUUCCCGCGCUUAUGACAUGCGUCGACAGCUUCAGCAGACUUUCGAUAGUAGCAGCUACGACGUGUUGGAGGCCAACCCAUGGAGAGAAGCUUCAAAGCCUGUCUAUGUGCUGACCCAAAAGGAAAACCAGUUAUGCACCAUGAAAACGCGAAGAAAUCGCAGUGAAGUUGAAAGGGAGCUUGGUCUUUUGUUUUCUAAAGGAAAAAAAUGGAGAUCUGAAAUUGGAAACAAGAGUAAGCAGUCAAGAACUGGCAAUAAAUUCCAGAUGCUUGUAGAGGAUGUCAGGGAGGGAGUACUUGUAUUUGAAGAUGAGAAUGACGCAGCUAAAUACUGUGACCUACUUGAGGGAGGAGGUCAAGGUUGUGAGGGUGUUGCAGAGAUUGAGGCAUCAUCGGUCUUUGAUAUUUGCCAGAAGAUGAGAGCUCUUGCAGUUUUAUUCCGACGUGGAAGAACACACCCUUUACCCAAAAGCCUCGAGCUUAACCUGAAGGCCCGUAAGCGAUCCCUGGAAGAUCAAGAAGACUUGAUAUAACUUUCCAAUGAGUGAGGCAAUUUAUAUUCACCAUAGUAAACAUGUUCUCAAAGCUGAAGGUCAUGUAUACCUAGUAGCUGUACUGAAAAUCACGUAGUAACCAUUCAUAUCACACUGGUCGGUGAUAUUUGAUGGAGAAAUUUGGCGGGGUGUGGGGUACAUGCUUUGAUAGCUUGCAUUGUAAAAUGACUAAAGUUAAUUUAAUUGAAGUUGCCCUAUUGUUAGCCA